AUGGAGGACAACAACCCAGCAAUAUCUGCUCUCCUCCAACUAAUCGAAGACUACCACGCUUUCAACCCUGGGGGUGUCCCAAUAUACCCCUACCCCACAGCCCUAGACUUCAGCAAACAAGUGUCCCGAGGGCGACCUUGCAUAUACCAACUUCAACGACCACAGUCCCAACAAAGAACCCACUCCGACCUUACUGAACGGUCAAAACACUCUGAACCAAAUCCAGAGUUGACGUAUCUACUUUUAUGCGCAGCUUUCUCAUGGACAAAACAAAGUCUCUGCGACAGGGUAAAGGAUGACGUCGAAGUCGCCGUAACUCCGGACGGGCGGGCAGAUUCUCUGUAUACGUACCCUGACAAAUCCAAUAGUGGCGAAGGAGAAGAUCAUGAACUGGAACAAGUUUUCGUGCAGCCGGCAACAACGACCAUGUCCCUGUCCACACUACUAGAUAAGUUGUGCCCAUCAUCCCCGGACACUCAAUCUGCCGAUUCCACCAAGUCCCAACACGGUGAGCCGGUCUACUAUCUCCAAUCGCAAGACAGUAAUUUAACCAGCACUACAUUAUCGCCGUUAUUGCGCGAUGUGCCAGAAACCAUUCCUUUCGCCGACGCCGUGCUGGGCAAACCCGAGGCAAUCAACAUCUGGAUCGGCAAUGGGGCCAGCGUGACGAGCACGCAUCGCGAUCCGUAUGAGAAUCUAUACCUGGUACUAAAAGGGCGGAAGACGUUCAGACUGUGGGCGCCGCCUGAGGAGAUUUGUUUGCAUGCCAAAAUGGUCCGUACCGCACACCACGUCCAUGACACCACCACAUCGCCUGCAACAUUCAGAAUCGUCCUCGACAACAACGAUCCCGACAGGGAGACGGAAAACCGCAUCCCCUGGAUCCCCAUUGACCCUCUCAAUCCUCCAUCUCCAUCGGAGAUUUCAUCCAAGUACCCUUAUUAUCAAUAUUCCCAUCCCCUGGCAGUAACGAUAUCUGAAGGAGAGAUGCUCUACCUACCAUCAGGAUGGUUUCACCAUGUGACACAGGAAUGUGGUGUUUGGGAUAAUGGGGACGUGGCGCCUUGUAUAGCUGUAAAUUAUUGGUUCGACAUGGACUAUGAGGGCGAGAAAUACGUCAUGAGGGAAAUGCUGGGACGUUUAGUUGGGGCAAUGAGAAGGGACAAAGGGUAG